CCCCUUUCCAACCCCGUUGCGCUCAAGUCUGUGCCUACGAGGCCGCUUGGUUGCCUGCGAUCCAUUUCACUCGUAUCGCUCUGCUCUAAAAGCCAUUUUCUAAAUGAUAGCCGCUCCAAUUGUUCAAAAGCAUAUUAUAACACCCGAUUUCAUAGAUUUCACAACCUCUUCAUUUGAUGCCAUACUCCACCCAACCCAAAUUGUAGAUCCUCCUCCAGGACCACAACCACAGGGUACAGGCAAACUGAGAACAGAACAUUUACCACAUUUACUGCCUUUCGUUCGUCUCAUCACUGAGAAGUGCAGUAUCACACCUCUGGUUAUUGUCAUUGCUCUCAUCUACGUCAAGCGUUUUCGAGCUACACUUCCAACAAGCUACAAAACCGAACCCAAUACGGCACACCGAAUUUUUAUUUCAAGCAUCUUGGUUGCAAGCAAAUAUAUAGAUGACGAUCCCAUCACUAUUGGUCAGAUCGUGCAUGCAUCUGGUGACGUUUGGACACUCAAGGAAACCGCUCGAAUGGAACUGGCGUUCAUGAAGUUCUUGCGUUGGAACCUAUUUAUUAAACAGCAAGAAAUCAUCAACUUCCUCAACGAGCACCGGUUUGCUGUUGACUUGGUGUUGCCUGCUGACGGUUACUGAUUAUCAAGCUGCUUUUUCGGACGUUGUAAAUUCACGCUAAACUGGCCGGGUACCCAGGCACACCUUAACAAUCGCUCUCCGCCGCAUGCCCUUUCAUUCAAGGAUUACAGCUUUGUACAAUAUAAGUAAUUUAAUAAUUUCUGAUGAUAUCAGGAGCCAGGAGCUUUUAUCAAUCAGACGAUCGCAGCGUAGACAAGCAUAUAUCUUGCCGACGCUUUAUCACACGUUCAGUUAUGUCUUAAGCCCGACAUACCGGACUACUUCCGUACAUCAAAGCUUAUGCCUUUGAUUUACUUGCAGCAUUUUCAUAUGCAAUCUCUCCCAUUUUUAAAUAUCUAGUUUUUUUCAGCUGCCAACUGUUUUCUCACAUGUACUUCUCUAAUAGAAUAAACCAAUGUAUAUUUCCUG